AAAUAUUGUGUCACUUUUUGUUUUCUUUCGUCUUUCUUCUCUCUUCUUUAUCUUUUAUCUUCUAAACAAAAUGUCUACCGAAAAUGGAUUUGGUAUUUUUCUCGACCAACUUAUGCAGCUUUCUAAUGGCAAUAUAUAUUCAGAAGAUGAUCCAGACACCUUUUUACAGUUCACUUCUGACUUUCAAGUCUAUGAAAGUGGCACCGUGUUCCACGACAGUCAAGAGCAGUUGCCGUCGCUCAGCCAAGAUCCUCCGCUAGACCUGGAAGCAACUACGUUUGACCUUACUAGCAGCUUUAGCACCAGUACAUGCAAUUCAUCGGUGCUCACAGAUCAUGCCUCAUACGAUCCGGCGCUCCCAUGGACCACAGGGUCUCCUUAUACUUACUUUGAAUCGCUGCAUAACCGACGGUGUUUAUCUCCUGUUACUUCAUUCUUCGAGUCGCUGACAAUAGGUCAGGCAUCGUACAUGCCUGAUCAACUCAGUAAUCAGCAAAACGGUACCAAACGGCCGACAUCUCCUCUACAGCAUACCAGAAGACAAAGCGCACUUAUAUCCUCUAAAAAGCGCCAGGCGGGAUGCAGCCUUGAAGAAACUCAGUCUUCAAAAUCAACCGAUAGACAAGCGACAAACAUUGACCAGUGUCUUAACAGCCAGAAUGCAAGAACCAAGGCAAAAAGCAAGCCUGAACGCCUAUUCCCUUGUCCUACUUGCGGAAGAGCUUUCAAAAGACCUCAAGAUCGAAAUCGUCAUCAAGUUAGCCACACAGGCGAGAAAAGAUUCUUCUGCGGCCACCCCAGUUGCCAGAACAAAGGCUUUACUAGAAAAGACGCUUUGACAAGACACAUGAAGUGCCAUGAAAACUCUGGUGACAACAGGACAGAAAAGCAAAGUAGAACAGUGAAGAAAACCAAAUGUAGCAUUUCACAUAGAGAAGCUCUCUUGAAAAAAUAACACUUGGCGCAGAAUGUUCGAAUCACCAUCGUAAAACCUUGGACUUUUUAUACUUUGUCACUCAUUAUCGCGCAGACACCUCUGCUUACCACUUGAUUGGCGUCCUUUCUUUUUAUUCUAUCCCUGCAACGCUCCCUCUAUAUCGUGCUGUCAGCACUCUUGACACACACUCUGUUUAUACCACUCUUUUGUAUCAUAUAUUGAUUUUUCAAAUACAAAUGUAUAUAUUUAUAUAUGCAUCAACUAUGCAUUCUAUUCAUUAUUAUAAAGACCAUUAAGAAACAUGUAUUAUGUAAAUCAUGGAAUAAAUAUACACACAUCCACAC